GAAAGUUACAGUUUCAUCAUCUUCUUGGUCUUCGUCGCCAACAAGUCUUUCUCACGGGAUUUUCUUUUUUUGUUUUUUCGAUGGAUUCUCUGAAUUUUCUCGCAUUUUCCCUCUGUUUUCUCUUGAUUCUUCCAGAAAUUUCAUCUGCACCAACCCGUUUCUUCACUCGAUCGAGUAAAAGAGAUGGGUCUGUGAUUAAGAUGAAAACAAGUGCUUCUUCUUUUGGUUUUGAUCCUACUCGUGUUACUCAACUCUCUUGGACUCCUAGAGCUUUUUUGUAUAAAGGGUUUCUUUCUGAUGAGGAGUGUGAUCAUUUUAUCAAAUUGGCGAAAGGGAAGCUUGAGAAGUCAAUGGUUGCUGAUAAUGAAUCUGGUGAGAGUGUAGAGAGUGAAGUACGGACUAGUUCUGGAAUGUUUCUCUCCAAGAGACAGGAUGAUAUAGUGUCUAAUGUCGAGAAAAAACUUGCUGCGUGGACCUUUCUUCCCGAAGAAAAUGGGGAAUCCAUGCAAAUAUUGCACUAUGAAAAUGGUCAAAAAUAUGAACCACAUUUUGACUACUUUCAUGAUCAGGCCAAUCUAGAGCUUGGUGGUCACCGAAUCGCCACUGUAUUGAUGUACUUGUCCAAUGUUGAAAAGGGCGGAGAAACAGUGUUUCCAAUGUGGAAGGGCAAAACAACUCAACUGAAAGACGAUACCUGGACCGAAUGUGCAAAACAAGGCUAUGCAGUGAAACCAAGGAAAGGAGAUGCAUUGCUUUUCUUUAAUCUUCAUCCCAAUGCAACCACAGAUCCAACCAGCUUACAUGGAAGCUGUCCAGUGGUUGAGGGAGAGAAAUGGUCAGCAACCAGAUGGAUUCAUGUAAGGUCAUUCGAGAAAGCGUUUAAGAAGCAAUCUGGGUGUGUAGACGAGAAUGACAGCUGCGAAAAAUGGGCAAAGUCAGGGGAAUGCCAGAAGAAUCCAACUUACAUGGUUGGUUCAGAUAAAGACCAUGGAUAUUGCAGAAAGAGUUGCAAAGCUUGCACACCUUAAGAACAACAAGUAAAUCAAAGAUCUUAUUAAAGGAUGAAAAUUUUUGUAUAGCGAAAAAUCGGGUUUUCGCCAUUCGGGUAGAGAAACGAGAAACAUUUCGUCGAUAGAAUGAAAAAUUUAGAACUAUAUACUAAAAAAUAAUUCUGAUUUGGUUUCAUGUUCAGUUAUGCUCCCAUGGUUCAUAACUAGAGCAAAACUUAAUAAAAGUCAGUUUAAUA